ACUCUACAGUAUCUUACUGUUAGUUUGUCCGAAAGCGGCCGAGGAGUGAACUGGUGAGCACCAGCACCGGCGAUGGCGGAUAGCAGCGAGGAAAUCGACGGAUUGGUACUUGAUUUAGGUUCGAUCAGAUGGCGCUGUGGAUUUGCCGGUGAUGGUUCGCCUCGCUACUACAAUGAGUCGGUGCUGGGGCGAUCGCGGCUCUCCCACAAAUCGAAUGAAUCGGCAACUUCACCACCAAUCCGCAAGACUGAGGACACAUACAUAGGCGAUGAAGCAGUUCGGAGGCGCGAGUCCCUUUCACUCAGUUUUCCCAUCCAGCGCGGUAUCGUUACUGACUGGGACGACAUGCAGACGCUACUGGAUCAUAUGCUGUUUCGUGGCUUGAACCUGUCUGAAGAUUCCUUGAGCGCGAGGAGUGUUCUAUACACGGAAGCCGUGCUCAACCCGAAGUACUGCCGAGAAAAGAUGGCCGAAUUGUUGGUGGAGAGGUACAAUGUUCCCGCUAUACUCGCCUGUGCAUCGCCUAUAUUAACUCUGUACGCAAGUGGGCGCACCACAGGCCUGGCAAUGGACUGGGGCCAUGGAGUGACCAGUGUUAUACCUAUCUAUGAAGGCCACAUAAUACCGAACGGGAAACGGCGAGUAGACUUUGGUGGCGCAGACCUUACUGCAUACCUGGCUGAUUUGCUCUCAGUGAAAGGACACCAUUUUCACACGACAGCUGGUUUGGAGACGGUGAGGAUUAUGAAAGAAGAGUUGGUCUAUGUUGCUAGCAGUGAGGGUGAGACUCCUUCUUGCUACGCGCCUGAAAAUAAAGACUUUACGUUGCCAGAUGGUAAUAAGAUCACAUUUGGAGAAGAGCUGGCACAGUGCGGGGAGCUGCUAUUCAACCCUGGCCUCCUGGGAGCAGAGUAUAUGCAUAUUCCUGGCAUGCAGACCGUGGCGCACGAGAGCAUCAUGAGCUGUCCCCGAGACUGCCGCAAGGAGCUGUGGAGAAACAUUGUGGUUUCCGGGGCAGGCUCCAUGCACUAUGGCGUCGCAAAGCGAAUGCAGGCCGAGCUGACACGCCUCAGAGACCAGUCAGCCAGUGCCAGUCAUCAACAGUCGGCAAGUGGCGAGGUCAAAUCCAUCUUCCCACCAGAGCGGCGUAAAUCAGUGUGGAUCGGCGGCUCAGUCCUGGCCUCCAUGUCUACUUUUCAGGACCAGUGGGUAACCAAGGUCGAGUACCAAGAGUAUGGGCCGACUGCGAUCCACCGCACAGCGUACUGAGCACGACAGGCACACGUGAAGAUAAUCGGUGACAUCUGACUAUAUACGAAUAUGUGCUUUGAACCAUGCUCAUUUCUCAAGCAAGUCUACGAUUGCAGCAUUCCGAAGCCAAUGAACCAGUCCACUGUAGGUUACAUGGACUUGACUGAGAGACAAGCACGCCAAAGUGGGUCACACAACAGCGUCCGGCAACAUCUGAAAAAGACAUCUCCCCGGCCAUAUGACAGCAACGUAGCUAACUUGAGCUGGGAUGGACAUCAACACUCUAUUAUACGUAUGCAGCCGCGUACUCAAUCUGUGGACAGAACUGUUUCGUCCUUUGUGGACUCCUCAGCGCAGCACAGAGAAAAUGAGCCCAAACUUCCCGUUGAUAUUAUAUAGUCAUGUUACAUGUCUACAAACAUAUAGAAGUCCUAGUCCUGCUACCAUGGCUACACUGUCGUAAUAAUGACUGCUACACUGUCGUAAUAAUGACUGCUACACUGUCGUAAUAAUGACUGCUGCACUGCAGAUAUAUACGCUGUGGUGAUGACUGAGUGCUCGUGUAAUAUGCUAAUAUCCCUGGGUAUCAUUGGUAUGCUGCAAUAUGGAUCGGUUAUUGAAGGCGUCAUCGCAACUGACUUGACCGCGACCUUGCAUAGAGUAUCUAUAACAAUUUGAUGCUCUCUUUAUGAUGAACACCAAGGGACAGGUGGUAUUAGUUUGCAACAACGGGAGUUUUUCUCCAGAAUUAUUUAUACCACUGAGAGAAUACACAACGGUUUAUCCAAUAGAGUUAUGUUCUUCUAAUGCAAACGUUUGUCUUAUCAAUAUCAGUGUUCUUCUUUUUUAGACGUUUCUCGAUAUUUUACUACCCCCUGCUAGUAUCAACUUAGAAGUUGCGACUUCGGCGGUAAUAGUCAUGAAGUUGGUUGCUCCAACGAGGAGCACACGCUUCUUGCCGAAUUUGACACUUGACUGACUCACGACUGCCCUGCUAGUAUCCAUGUGGAAAUGAUCCCAGAGAUAUAAGAAAUAUACUAUUA